AUGGCACUGUUUAAACGGAAAUCUGCAAGUGCUGACUUCAAUUCAUCAGUGAAGAAUGAACAGCCAGCCGUUUUUACAAUUCAUGCUCACAGUAACCUAGCAUAUGAGCCAGACGUGAUUGAAACGUCUUCAGGUGCUAAUGGAACAGCCCACUCUGAUAUUACAAGCCCGCCACUGUCAAAUCGUAAACCCUCUGAACCGCCCACUCCUCCACCAACACUGAAGAAGUCCAUCAACUUGUUCCACUGUACAGCCAUCUUGGUUGCGGUCACUGGCAACUCAUCCAUCUUUAUUUCUCCUGGCGCCAUCAUAGGCUCCGCUGGAUCCAUUGGAGCCGCCCUCGUCGUUUGGCUUGUUGGAGGACUCAUCAAUAUGGGUUUGGCGCUGUGUUAUACCGAACUGGCGACCAUGUUUCCGUGUGCUGGUGGACAGUAUGCUUACGUCUUGAAUGUACUUGGUCCUCUGCCAGGCUUCCCAAUGCUUUAUGGAUAUGUUAUCUUUAUAGUAGGGCCAAGCUGGGCCUUUCUAGCCUACACAUCUGCCUUGUAUAUUAUGAAACCUGUUUUUCCUGACUGUGCGACAGAGAAUGUUGAGCUGGGUAUAAAGUUACUGGCUGGCUGGAUCCUUGUAACAGUGGUUGUCUUAAACUGCACGUUCAUGAGGUUUGUCACGAAGGUUCAGACAUUUCUGUCAAUGACAAAGGUGCUUGCUCUUCUUAUCAUCAUCAUUUACAAGCUGUUGUUGGUUUGCAGAUCUCAGUGUUCGUCCAGGUUGGUAAAGGGCAGUGAGUUCCUGGAGCAUCUGAUGUCAUCUAUGCAGCUUGAGAUUGCUUUAAAGGCAAUGCUGACUGAUGAUGUUGUCAACGGUAAAACAGACAACUUUGAGAACCUAUUUGCGGACACAUCGAAGGAACCGGGAGAGCUUGCUAUAUCCGUCUUCUACACAUCGUUUGCAUAUGGAGGCUGGCAGACAAUAAUGACACUGGCAGAAGAGGUGAAGGAUCCUGGAAGGGAUCUCCCUAUUUCAGUGUACAUGGGCUUCAUCAUCAUCAUCUUGAAGUACAUCCUUGCAAACGCUGCCUACUUCACCCUCAUCAACCCCGCGGAGAUGUUGCAGUCGAACGCAGUGGCGUCGGUGAGCAGUUUGAGGCAAAUUGUUCUCAUGGGCGAUGUUUUAUACCUAUGGUAUGUUACUUCUAUUGUCAUUGUUCACAGGGUGUUAUUUGCUGGAGCAAGAGUCGGUCAUGUGCCCCAGAUCUUCGGCAUGAUUCACCCAAAGUAUCUUACCCCAUGGCCUGCCAAUUUUGUGCUGCUUGCCUGGGGGCUGACCAUGUUGUUCACGGGAGGUUUGACGACCAUGAUGAUGUACAUCGGCUUCUUUGCCACCAUCGCAGGUAUCGCCGUCGUGGUGUCGUUGCUGUACCUACGAGUCAAGAGACCAGGCGUUAACAGACCGUAUAAGACAAUGCUGUGUGUGCCUAUUGUCCAACUGAUUGUCAAUGUGGCAGUACUAGUGAUGGCCGUCUAUCAGCGUCCACAUCAGAUGGGCAUCGCACUUGCUAUCUUGGUUGCUGGUAUCCCUGUGUACUGGUUCGGGGUGCUGUGGAAGAACAAACCAAAAGAGUUGACGAAGAUUGUCGAGGGUCUCACCAUUUUAGCUCAGAAGAUCCUAGUAGUGGUAAAGGCGUCGCAAAACGGAAAAAGUUUGGGAAAGACGCCAAUUUCCCCAAAGAAAUAG